AUGUCGGCGGGCGCCACCGUGGUGGCGGUGGCGGUGGGUGGCACCACGCUGGCUGCGGUGGCGCUGCGGGACGCGCUUGCGCCCCGGGCCCGUGCCUGCGUGGCGCAGCUGGAGCUGGCGGGCAUGGAGGUUUGGAUGUGCACUGGCGACCACCAAAUGGCCGCAGAAGCAGUGGCAAGCGAGGUUGGCAUUGCCAAGGACCGCGUGGUGGCAGAGGCAUUGCCGGCCGACAAGGUGCGCCUGGUGAAAUCCUUGCAGAAGGAUCCAGGAGCGAAGACUUCACAGAGCCCAAAAUCCAUUGUGGCCAUGGUGGGUGAUGGUGUCAAUGAUGCCCCCGCCCUGGCCGCUGCAGACCUCAGCGUGGCCAUCGGAGCAGGGCAACAGGUGACGGUGGAUGCGGCAGACAUUGUUUUGGUGAGAAGCGACCUCCGCGACCUCUUGGCAUUCUUCGCCUUGUCGAAGAAAACUCUGCAGACAAUUUGGUUCAACUUCAUGUGGGCCUUCAUGUUCAACAUCUGCGCGUUGCCUCUCGCAGCUGGCGCCUUCUGGCAAUAUGGCGUGCUCAUCAACCCGCAGAUUGCCUGCCUCCUGAUGUUGGGGUCAUCGCUUUUUGUGGUGCUGAGCUCUCUGAUGCUGAAGCGCUUCACGCCUCCAGAGCUGCCUGGGCCCGCCCGAAUGGUGUGA